CUGAUACAUUUCCUUUUCAGUUCUGAAGGCUGAUUGCAAGUAAGAUGAUGUCACUAAUACUCUUCAGGAUUUCUUCCUUGUUGAUGAGGAAGAAGAUGAACCAAGAGGAGUAACACUCAAGAUGGGAAAAGUCCUAUAGUUAGAUAUCUAGUUGCUUGCUUACUGGCGUUGCACAGUCUUCAUAUUUUUGACCUAAAUUAGGACACAACUGUGGUAGAAAUUUGUGGACAAGAAAAAGGACAUGGAAGACAUUAGCAAUGAUGGAAAAAAGUUGCAUGGAAGACAAUACUGAGAACUACUUAGCUUGUUAAUGCCAAAUACAGAAGGCUACUUGGGUAUUGGUUCAGUGUGGAACAAAGGAUCUUUUUUUUUUCUUAAUCUUUACAAAUAAUUAUGUCCAAGAAAAGCCGUGCCAAGGGAGAAAAGCCUGACAUGGAGACUGAAGCACUUCAGGCUGCUAAUGAGGAGCUUCGAAGUAAACUGACCAACAUCCAGAUAGAGUUUCAAAGAGAGAGAGAGAAAGUGGGUAAAUUGAGAGAGAAAAUACAAGAAGUUAAGCAAGAAAGAGAGCAGGAGCAACACAAGCACACUGCUUACAUCUCGGAGCUGAAGGCAAAGCUCCACGAAGAGAAAAUGAAGGAACUCCAGGCUGUCCGGGAGGCGCUCAUUCGGCAGCAUGAGCAGGAAGUAGCUCGAAUGGGAAAAAUCAAAGAUGGUGAAAUUCACCGUCUGCAGUCUACAGUGAAUGUGCUGCGGGAUGGGGCUGCCGACAAAGUGAAAACAGCAUUGCUCAAUGAAGCCAAAGAGGAGGCUCGAAAAGCAUUUGAUAAUGAACGUAUGAAGAUGCAACAGGAGAUCUUAGAGCUCAAGUCUGGUAAAAAGCAACUUGAAGAAGCUUUGAACAACAUUAUGCAGGCAGAUAAGAUGAAGGCUGCUGACUUGCGCACAGCUUAUCAAUCCCAUCAGGAUGAGAUAAAUAGAAUAAAGCGUGAAUGUGAGAGGGAUAUCCGCAGGCUGAUGGAUGAGAUAAAAGGCAAAGACAGAGUGAUUUUGGCUCUGGAAAAGGACCUUGGAGUCCAGGCAGGCCAUACACAAAAGCUGCUGCUUCAGAAGGAAGCUUUGGAUGAACAACUUGUCCAAGUAAAGGAGGCAGAGCGGUACCACAGCAGCCCCAAGAAAGAGCUUCCUGGUGGAAUAGGCGAUAUCACUGAAAUGAUGGGCAGUCCAGAGCAGCAUUUGGAUGAGCGAGAUGUGCGAAGAUUUCAGCUAAAAAUUGCUGAACUGAAUGCUGUAAUACGAAAACUGGAAGACAGAAAUACCCUUUUAGCAGAUGAAAGAAAUGAAUUGCUGAAACGUUCUCGGGAAACAGAAAGUCAGCUGAAACCCUUGGUAGAAAAAAACACAAGGAUGAAUAAAAAGAAUGAUGACAUGUUGCAGUGUAUCCAGAGAAUGGAAGAAAAAAUUAAAAAUCUUUCAAGGGAAAAUGUAGAACUAAAAGAAAAAUUAUCCACACAGCCAGCACUGAAGAGGCACACUUCCUUGAAUGACCUUAGCAGCACACGAGAGGAGCAAGAAAUUGAAUUCCUGAGAUUGCAAGUUAUAGAACAGCAGCAUGUCAUUGAUGAUCUCUCAAUGGAAAGGGAACGGUUGUUACGCUGUAAAAAACAGAAAAGGAAGAGUUUGAAACCUCCAAAGAGGCAUGUUGUCGAGACAUUUUUUGGAUUUGAUGAAGAAUCUGUUGAUUCAGAAACAUCAUCUAUAACUUCAUAUAACACAGAUAAGACAGACAGGACACCAGCAACCCCAGAAGAAGACUUGGAAGAUAGCACACCUAAAGAAGAAGCUGAUUUAAGGUUCUGUCAGCUAACCAGAGAAUAUCAGGCUUUGCAAAGAGCAUACGCAUUACUCCAGGAGCAAGUUGGUGGAACGCUGGAUGCUGAGAGAGAAGCAAGGACUCGUGAACAAUUGCAAGCUGACCUCCUCCGAUGCCAGGCAAAAAUUGAAGACCUCGAGAAAGCUCUGAUUGAAAAAGGACAGGAUUCAAAAUGGAUAGAAGAGAAGCAGCUGCUUAUCAGAACAAAUCAAGAAUUGUUUGAAAAGAUUUACAAAAUGGAACAGGAAGAGAAUCAGCUGAGGACCGAGAUGCAGGAUGCAAAAGACCAGAAUGAGCUCUUAGAAUUCAGAGUGCUAGAACUUGAAGAGAGAGAACGAAGGUCGCCAGCAUUUAACCUCCAUAUAACUACCUUCCCUGAAAACAAUGGAAGUGCACUUCAACUGUUCUGUCAACAAGAAGGAAUAAAGGAUGUGAAUAUUUCUGAACUUAUGAAGAAGCUAGAUAUUCUUGGAGAUAAUGGGAAUUUGAGAAACGAAGAACAGGUUGCAAUUAUCCAAGCUGGGACUGUACUUUCCCUCUGUGAAAAGUGGUUAAAACAGAUCGAAGGAAUGGAAGCUGCCCUGACACAGAAGAUGAUAGACCUGGAGAAUGAAAAGGACCUGUUCAGUAAACAGAAGGGUUAUUUAGAGGAAGAACUCGACUACAGGAAACAAGCUCUGGACCAGGCUUACAUGAGAAUCCAGGAGCUGGAAGCCACGUUGUAUAACACUCUGCAGCAGGAUCCAGGAAGGCGGGCAAAUGAGUCUCUGAAUGAAGUGCAGAGGGAGGAUUUGCGAGCUGCGGUGGAGAAGGUGCGGAGGCAGAUCCUGAGGCAGAGCCGCGAGUUUGAUAGCCAGAUCUUGCAUGAGCGAAUGGAGCUGCUGCAGCAGGCACAGCAGCGGAUUCGAGAGCUAGAAGAUAAAAUAGAACUUCAAAAGCGGCAACUCAAAGAAAUAGAGGAGAAGUUUUUGUUCCUUUUUUUGUUUUUCUCACUAGCAUUCAUUCUGUGGCCUUGA